UUUUUUUUUUUCCCUUCAAAAAAACCAGCUCUUCUUCUCUCCAUUUUUCACCCUCUCGCUUAAUUUCUUUCUUUGUGUUUCUCUCCAAACAUGAAUUCUCCAAAACCAUGUGUUUUAAUCUUAAUCUUGAUCUUUACACCCUUAUUUGCUAAUAAUUUUCUUGUUUAUGUUAACUCUAUAACUUCUUCUUCGUCGUCGUCGGAUGAUGAAUAUGCCACUAAUUUUUUCGACGCUAUAACUUCCAUCAAUUCAAGGGCUUCUUUGAAGUCCGGUAGGAACCAAACGUCGUCGUCCUCGUCUGCUACAAGCGGUCCUUCCAGCUGCAAGGUAUGGGACGUGGCCUGCUCCGAGGCUGUGUUGGGCGUGGCCCGGAAGCCCGAGAACGUUGAAUGGAUUAAAGGGUUGAGGAGGAAGAUACAUGAGAACCCGGAGCUUGCGUUCGAAGAGUAUGAAACGAGUAAACUGGUUUGUGCCGAGUUAGACCGGAUGGAUAUUGAAUAUAGGUACCCUUUGGCGAAAACGGGUAUUCGGGCUUGGAUUGGGACCGGAGGCCCGCCCUUUGUUGCCAUCCGAGCUGACAUGGAUGCUCUUCCUAUACAGGAAGCUGUAGAAUGGGAGCAUAAAAGCAAAGUCCCCGGAAAAAUGCAUGCUUGUGGGCACGAUGCACAUGUGGCCAUGCUCGUGGGUGCUGCCAAAAUAUUGAAGAAUCGAGAACACCUUUUGAAGGGAACAGUUAUACUGCUCUUUCAGCCAGCUGAGGAAGCGGGAAAUGGUGCAAAGCGGAUGAUUGGAGAUGGGGCAUUGGAAAACGUAGAGGCCAUUUUUGCAGUCCAUGUAUCUCAUGAACACCCCACGGCUAUCAUUGGCUCUAGGCCUGGUCCUCUACUUGCGGGGUGCGGCUUCUUUAGAGCUGUAAUCAGUGGAAGAAAAGGCCUUGCCGGGAACCCUCACCACUCAGUUGACCCCAUCUUGGCAGCUUCAGCUGCCGUAAUUAGCUUACAGGGGAUUGUUUCUCGCGAAUCGAAUCCAUUGGACUCCCAGGUCGUGUCUGUCACCUCAUUCAAUGGAGGCAAUAAUCUUGAUAUGAUCCCUGACACUGUAGUUAUUGGAGGUACCUUCAGGGCUUUCUCCAAUGCCAGCUUUUACAACCUGCUUCAAAGAAUCGAAGAGGUGAUCGUGGAACAGGCCAGUGUCUUCAGAUGCUCUGCAACGGUUGACUUCUUCGAAAAGGAGUACACCAUCUAUCCCCCAACCGUGAAUGAUGACCGAAUGUAUGAGCAUGUAAAGAAGGUGGCUACAGAUCUGCUAGGUCCACCGAAUUUCAGGGUGGUCCCUCCGAUGAUGGGUGCCGAGGACUUCUCCUUUUAUUCGCAGGUGGUUCCAGCAGCUUUCUACUACAUUGGCAUAAGGAACGAAACCUUAGGGUCUGUACACACGGGUCACUCGCCAUACUUUAUGAUCGAUGAAGAUGUUCUUCCUAUUGGUGCUGCAGUUCAUGCCACCAUUGCAGAAAGAUACCUCAUUGAGCAUGGUUAAGUGAGGAGGCUAUCUCUGGUUUAUCCUUAGAGUGGGAAACUGUGACUCAACUGAGCACGGAAUACUAAGAGAAUUUGCAACGUGAUGUGCUCUCGUAAUUUUGGUCCACUUAGGGUGCAUGGAAAGGGCAAGAUUUUCCACUCUGGCAAUGUAGAGAAGUGGGCAGAGGAUGCUCUGCUCGUAGAAUGUAGUUGUAAUUGUAACAAUAUUGAAUGUUUCAAGUAAUUGAACCCUGCAUUCACCUAUUCCCCUGA